AUGGCAGACGAACCGCAGUCCACGGACCCAGAGCCGGCGCCAGCGGCGGAAGAUGAGACGAAGACGACCGCCGAUCUGGCCGAGAAGGCCAUGGAGAUGCUGAAUGGAGGCCUUGUCGUCACACUUCCCGAACCUGCGCAACGCAGCAGGAGCUACAGGGAGCUUAUCCUCCAGGAAAUGAACUGGAUGGCCUGCGACUACUAUCAUGAACGCAGAUGGAAAGUGCACGCAGGGAAACAGAUAUGCAUUGGCAUCAAGGAUUCGGCAUUGGACCGCAAGAAACUCAACAAGAAUUGGAUCGCAAGCGAGUGCACGCUGCAUAUGAAACGAUUCUGGGCUGGCAUAAUUGCAAACGCGCAGCAUCAUGCAAUCGUCUCGGAUGAGCUCGCAGAGUACUGCGCCAGCAUCGCCAAUAAGUAUAACGACCACCUGCAUACGGACACCGGAGACGUUACGAGGGACUAUGAUGUGGGAGAAAGGGACAUCAUAGCCAUUACGGUUCCGGUGGUGAAGCUGAAAGAGGGAAACUCCGCAAUCGUAAAGACCCGUACACAGAAAAACGAGGUGCUUGAGGCGACAAUACUAAGCAUGCAGUCCAUGGGAGCGGACUUUUAUAGGCCCCUCUUUAGGCCUCCAGACGACGAGAUGGAUAUGUUUACGAUGCCGCUCAUGGAUCCGGCGCGAGACAACGACUUCAACGCCCUCCUGGUCCAAAGCUUCUGCCUGAAGCAUUGCGACCGUCCACGUGCGUUGUUACGUACAAAGAGUGAGGUUAAGCCGGCUCAGUUGCCGGAGGUCACCAGGAAAUUCGCCCGGCAAACGAAUGAACCCAGCUGCCUUGCAAUGUCAGUCCGUGACUUCGACUUACAGGUCAAGCCUAAACCCACCUUUAGCGGGACCAUGGUCAAAACGCAACUGACGGCGAUAGACUUCGAGCUUCUCGACUCGUGGAUGUUAUCGGACGCCCCGUCGUGGCCCAUGCUCGCUAUUUGCCUAACGUAUAGAUCAAGCGCUAGUGGGUUGCACCGGCACGAAUACGGCACGGAGUACUGCCGAGAUGUUUUCCUUCAGCUGAGCAGGCAACCCAGAGGGCUAGUCAACUCCAGCAGAAGGUUGCUUGGACCCAGGCAGCGAAAUGCAAUCACCACUUUUCUGGACACACCACCUCGGAGGCUCAAGUUUGAGCCUCUGGUUGACUGCGACAAUCAGAACGGGUCUAACGAACAACAUGCAGCGAUUAGCAGGUUAGGAUUACAUGGUCCACACAACUACGGGAGACGUAAGUCUUACAUUGACCCCGUGUCAAGGAAGAGGAAACGCCGGCGCAGCCUUAAAGCACUAUAUUUGGCCUUGCUGCAGAUUGAUAACACGGGUGAAAAAAGCGUCAUAAGUCGUAGCCGCGCUGACGACGGGACGAUCGUAAUCGAUGGCGAAAGUGAAUCCACAAAAGUGAAAGCCGCCCCCGCUGCGACCAACGCGCACGGAAAGAGAAAGAAACGGCAACGCAAACAGAGCAUAGAAGUAGUUGAACAGGAAGGUGCAAAUGGGCCUCAAAUACACUUGCCGUUCUCCAGUUCCGCUGUGAAAGACGUUGGUGAACUGUCCGUCCUUUUCUUGCAGCGAAGCAUCGAAGCCACGCACCCGGAACCUGCCGGGGAAACGUCUCAAUCACAAACCACUCUGUUUCAGGGGGUAGAUAAAGAUGAUGCCAAGGGAGAAAUCAUAGCUCUGCCGAAAAACGCGCGCAUAGAGGUAGCCAUCACCUCGGGGAAUAAGAUGAUACCCCGCUGUCAUAAAAGCGACAGGGAGAUUGAACCCAUGCUGCAUAUGCCAAACGUGCCCUACGGCGAAUAUAGCAACCGGAUGAGCAAACAGCUAAGGGUAGGAUUCCUGGGAAUACCGGCGAAAAUGUUUGCGCAUUCUUUAUUCUACUCGGGGCGGUUCUGCAAGAACAACCGUGUCCGCAGAGUUUCUGUCACAAUCGCAAGCGCGACAAAGAUCAUGAUGCCGCAGCCAAAUAUGCUGUACGCAAGGCUAUUCGAACACGAUGUGGUAGAGAUCUUUGGAAGGUUCAGAACCCACAAUUGGCAGAGGACGCUCGAUCACCCGCCGGACCGACACGGCGAGCAGCUGCUGAAAAAAUACAGCACGGAACUUACUAAUUCACCAUCAAAGAAAUUGAAACCGACGGCAGAUAUGCGCGCAAUAGAAAUAUUGGCUGGCUAUGUGACCAUGAAACUCAGUCGAGGAGAAGGGAAACAGCAGGGUGCACUAGGGACCAAUAAAAUAUUGGUCAAGAGUAUCGAACAGGUCGAUCCAAUCGCACUUCAACAGCAACUGCCACACCUCCACCACGCUCCUGCGCCGCAACAACAACCGCAACAGCACGUGUAUAUGCCACCCAUGCAGAAUAUGCAGAUGCAGGGGCACGGAGUCUCACCGCAUGGCGCCGGGCAACCCAUGAUGAUGCAUCCUGUGAUGCCGCCUCCCAUGAAAAUGGCGCCUAUGCAGAACCCUCAAAUGGCCCAUAUGCCUAUGCACCACGGAUCGAUGUCUCAGGGAGGAAGGACGCCGGGGUCUGCUACGCCAGGAUCCAUGACGCCAGUACCCAACGGUGCAGGACAAAUGGUACCUCCCCCCAUGCAGCAGGGGCACAUGACGCCGGGGUCAUUGACGCCACGACAAAUGGCUCUCAUGAAAAUGCCACCAGGGCCAAUGGCGGCGGGAGGAAUGCAACCUGGACAGAUGACGCCGGGUGGGAUGCAGCCAGGUCAAAUGACUCCUGGGUCAAUGACACCGGGUCAAAUGGCGCCCGGAAAAAUUCCGCCCGGCACAAUGCCCGGGAUGCCACCUAUGCAGCAACAAAUGCAGAGCAAGGCGGCGGCGAUGCAGAUGCACAUGGAACAGAUGAAACGUCGACCACCAAUGCCCAUGCCUGGCAAGCGCAGACCCAUGAUGGCGUACGAGCAAAUGUACCAACCGCAAGUGGCGCCGCCGCCGUACAGGUAUAGGCCUAUGCCGGAUGUCAACAUGAUGAGGAUGCCAAUGUAUCCCGUGGCCAUGUAUAACAAGCAAAUACCGUACCCGAAGACCCACGAUGACCAGUACAGGUCGCCACACAUGCAACGAUAA